AUGAAUUCUGCAGGCGUAAGGGCCUUUCAUUCAACUCCAGAAGAAGAUCCGGAACGCGAGCGGAUCCGCGAUUUGUCGAGAUAUUACUGUACAGUGACCCAAGCAUUCCCAGCAUCAGACGCGACGAGCUCUGGGGAGGAAGAGACGUCCGCAGCACCGACAGGGGAUGAGCAGCCUACCGGUUGCGAGCUCGCAAAGGAUAUUACCCUCAACGCACUCGCCCAGCUUGGCGUCCUGCGCUUCAAAGCCAAUCGCUGCUUUGUAUCCAUAAUUGACGGCGAAACCCAACAUAUAAUUGCCGAAACCACGGGUUCUGUGUCGCUACGAGACAAAAACCGCCACAAACCAGGAGAUGGCAUCUACCUCGGAGCACGGUCGCUGGAUCUGGUCUGGGGCGUAUGUCCUCACACCGUCCAGUUGUUCACAGGCCGUGCGACGAAUGAUAUCGAUACGAGCAAUGUAACCGCCAAUCGCACGCGCUAUAUCAUCCGAGAUUUCACCCUGGAGGAUUGCUUCAAGGACCGACCGUAUGUUCGAGAGUGGCCGUACAUGCGCUUCUACGCAGAGGUGCCUCUAUUCAGUGCAUCUGGAUACGUCCUGGGCUCUUAUUGCAUCGUCGACGACAAACCAUGGGCGGAUUUCGGAGACGAACAGGUCAAUGACCUCCAGGAAGUGGCGGAUGCAAUCGGAUUGCAUUUGGAGAACGUGCGGAUGAGCCAGGCCCAUAUUCGAACCGAGAAAUUGGUCAAAGGAUUGACGAAUUUUGUUAAAAACCACGCAGACUUUGAUCCAAAGGAGUCCUCUAAUCAUGGCCGUCUUCAGUCUAGUGUAAACGCAGCGAAUCUCGUACCACAUGAAACUGCCGCCACCACUAAGGACGCUGACGACGACUCCGACAUCACCCCGGUUGAUGUGCCAGUGUAUCCUGCUGUUCAAAGUGUUGCUCCUAAACUCGGGCAAUCUAUUCCCUCGACCGUCGCGGGAGAGGAAUCUGUGUUCUUCUUGCAGGACCAAUGCACCACGACCGAGCCUUCGUCUCUGUACUCAAGUUUCUCAGAUCGACCAAUGGUGCGGAGCCCCGGAGAAGAAAAGUCUAUGGGCGAAGCAUUGCAGUCAGGCCAUACCGAUGCACCUCAGGGUAUUAAUCAAGGCUUCUCGCAGUUAUCAUUGGCUGAGAGCAAGCCUAUCUACGAACGCAUUACAUCUAUCUAUUCGCGCGCAAGUGCGUUGCUCCGGGAUACUAUGGAUCUGGACGGGGUUGUCUUUCUCGAUGCCUGUCCAACUGACUUUACCUUCGUACCUGAGGAACCGGAAAUUUGGGAACCGAAAGUUGCAGAGCCUGGCUUCCCGGCUGCGCCACUGCCUAGUCCACUUGGACAACGUCGGCCUAUGCCGCAGGAAUUCGACCUCCCAUGCGAAACUUUGAGUUGUGCGCUAAAGUCGCCGUCUAAAGGCAGUGCUAGUCCGAAUCAUCAACCUAAUAUACCACAGGGAUUGCUUCACCAAAUGCUCAAGGCUUUUCCUCAAGGUCAGAUACUGAGUCUUGGUGAGGCUGUUGACAAGGGCGAUUAUCUUUUCGCUGAUAACACCGGUACAUUUGAUUAUCGGUCUGAUCACAACACCCAAACUUGUGCAAAGCAUCUUGCGCGGUAUCUUCCCGGUGCUAAAUCCGCCUUGUUCCUUCCCUUGUGGGAUUGGAAUAAGUCGCGUUGGCUUUCUGGAGUUCUGGUAUGGACGACAAGCAGUUUCCGAGCGCUUGGGCUAGAGGAGUUACAUUAUUUCAAGGUUUUUGGUGAUUCUUUGAUAUCUGAAGUUUGCCGAAACCAUUGGUCAAGUACCGAGAGAUCGAAAUUCGAUUUCAUAUCCUCUGUCAGCCACGAGCUUCGUUCGCCACUGCACGGAAUACUGGCGAGUGCUGAAUUACUACAUGCUACCACUCUCAGCAGGUCGCAAGAAGAGAUGGUGACGAUGAUUGAAAAAUCCGGAUUGACCUUGCUAGAUACAACGAAUCACAUGCUGGAGUUCUGCAAGUUUAACAACCUGAGACGUAAGAACACCCUCAAUGAAAUCACCUCAGAAAAUGACACGGCCAAUCUUGUUUCCGAUUUCAACAUUAGCCAUUUGGUGGAGGAGGUUGCAGACAUAUUGUACACCGGCCAGCGAGCACCUGAACAGGUCAGCCAGCUCGUUCAAAGGAUGUCAUCCAACAAGGAAGCAGCCGAUUCAAUUAUCAAGGAUUCUAGCACACAAAACCAAAUGUCUGUUGUCAUACGAGUGGACCAAACAGACACAUGGAUGAUUCGGUCCCUUGCAGGCGUCUGGAGAAGAAUCGUGAUGAAUCUUCUCGGCAAUGCGAUGAAAUGGACCACAACUGGCUUGAUCGAAAUAGCGUUAUCAAAAGCGAGAGACCGAUCGGACUCUCAUUCACCCCUCAUUCGCCUUUCUAUCACUGACACCGGCCGUGGAAUUGCGCCCGAUUUCAUCAAACACAAGCUAUUUGCCCCAUUCUCUCAAGAAGACCCACUCUCCGAAGGCGUCGGGCUGGGCCUGAGCACGGUACAGCAAUUGGUCAUGUCUCUUGGGGGGCAUGUGAAUGUGAGGAGUGAGAUGGGAAUCGGGACCCAGGCCGACGUCUACAUCCCCGUUCAAUAUCUACCAGCUAGUCCUGGUCCGGAGGAAUUCCCGGCUCCAACAGCCACUCAGCCAGGAACCACUCCGAUGCAUGCAUGCCUUGUCGGGUUCAAUGCUUAUCCUGACCUCACAGAGCCUCCCACUGGAAUUCUCACCGCCGAAGCCAAACGAAAUCUUUCCAUUCAGAGUGCACUUGCAAACAUCUUCAUGACAAAGAUGAAGUGGAAAAUUUCCUUGGCUGACUCAAUCGAGGAGGCUCGUGGCCAGGUCAUUGUCAUUGAGCAAGAUCUUCUCAGACGAGCUAUGGAUGAGAGCGAUCAGCGUGUCUCCGAACUUGCGGCUCAGAAUGGCGUUGACUUUUUCGUCGUGCUGAGCAGCAACGUCCCAAUUAUACUGGACAGUCUCUCUGUCAACAUCAUCCGCGUUGCGCAGCCAUUUGGCCCACAAAAGAUUUACAAAGCCGUUGAAACGAUUAUGAAGUGGCGCGAAAUGCAGAUACCAUCUGCGCCCUCUGCGCCCGAUCCUGUGUCCUCGCUCAUGCCUCCGCAGGCAAAUCCAGGAAACAGUCCAGACUCAGGCCCAGAUCCCUAUGAUAGAGGGAUAUCACGUCAUUCCCAUAAAGCAACGAGCUCUUCGGGAGGAUCAAGUACCUCCACCCCCCGACCAUCUAGCAAACAAGCACAGGCCCAUGUGCUAAUUGUGGAUGAUAAUGAAAUUAACGUCAAGAUUAUGGCCACCUUUAUGCGUAAAAUCAACUGCAGCUACGACACGGCGCACAACGGCCUCGUCGCACUCGAAAAAUACACAUCCUCCAACGUUCACUAUGACUUCAUCCUGAUGGACAUCUCGAUGCCGGUGAUGGAUGGCCUUGUCUCAACGAGCAAAAUCCGCGAAUUCGAACGCGAACAUCAUCUCACCCCCUCUUGCAUCAUGGCUGUCACUGGAGUUUCCUCCACUGGCUUCCAGAACCAGGCUACCACGGCUGGUAUCGACAAAUACCUCAUCAAACCCCUCUCCCUUCACGCACUCCGAAAUCUUAUGAAUAUUGCAUGA